CGCGUCGGUGAACCAAACGGUCGCUCGGAGGCAGAUCUCGAACAUGAUGAGUUCACUAAUUACAACAGUUUCUGCGUCUUCUUCCAUCUGCCGCUGAUCUCAGCCCGGGAGCAGCAGACAUCCACCGGCUCUGAGUCCUGCUGACGCGGGUCCCUGCUGCUCAUCCAGGACCAGGAGGUCCAGGGCCAUGUCCACUCCAGAUCCCCCCAUGGGAGGCACUCCGCGCCCAGGUCCCUCUCCUGGUCCGGGUCCCUCCCCAGGGGCUAUGCUGGGCCCCAGCCCUGGGCCCUCUCCUGGCUCCUCUCACAGUAUGAUGGGCCCCAGCCCUGGUCCUCCCUCCUCUGGACACUCUGGAUACGGCCAGGACAACAUGCACUCUCUGCACAAACCGAUGGAGGGCAUGCAUGAGAAGAGCAUGAGCGAGGAGAGCCGCUUCAGUCAGAUGAAGAGUCUGUCGAUGAGACAGGGCGGACACAGCGGCAUGGGCCCCCCACCCAGUCCUCUGGACCAACACUCACAAGGCUACCAAUCUCCAUUAGGUGGCUCUGAUCACUCCAGUCCUGUCCCGUCAAAUGGUCCUCCCUCUGGUCCUCUAAUGGCAUCGUCCUCCUCUUCCUCCUCCUCUGGCGGCCCCGGCUCCGCCUCUACACCUUUAGACGGCCCCAGCGGAGACCAACACACGCUCGGCCCAACUAACCGUCCCGGACCUCAAGGUAGCUCCGGCCCCGGUCCCAGUCCCGGCCCCAUUCUCGGUUCCAGUGUCCCCAUCCUCGGAUCUGGCAUUGACUCCGGUGGUCCCGCUGGCCUCGGAGGUCCUGGUGGUCCAACUCCCUUCAACCAGAACCAACUCCAACAACUCAGAGCCCAGAUUAUGGCUUAUAAGAUGCUGGCUCGGGGACAGCCCCUGCCGGACCACCUGCAGAUGGCUGUCCAAGGGAAGAGGCCGAUGCCAGGGAUGCAGCUGCCCAUGUCCAGCCUGGGUCCUGGGGCUGGAGUUGGUCCAGCUGGACCAGGACCAGGGCCGAUGGGCUCAGGCUACAUUCGAGCUCACGGUAUGAUGGGUCCCAACAUGCCCCCACCGGGGCCGUCAGGGACCCCAGCUGGAAUGCUGGGACAUAACCCCAACGGACCCCCCAAGUCCUGGCCUGAAGGUCCCAUGGUGAACGCAGCAGCCCCCUCAAACGCACCCCAAAAGUUGAUCCCCCCGCAGCCCACUGGCCGGCCCUCUCCUGCACCCCCCUCAGUUCCUCCUGCUGCCUCCCCAGUAAUGCCUCCGCAGACGCAGUCCCCCGGUCAGCCAGCACAGCCCACUGCCAUGAUGCCUUACCACGCCAAGCAGAGCCGCAUUACCCCAAUUCAGAAGCCCUGUGGCCUCGACCCAGUGGAGAUACUGCAGGAGAGGGAGUACAGGUUACAGGCUCGUAUCACUCAUCGUAUUGUUGAACUGGAGAACCUGCCGGGUUCUCUCGCUGGGGAUUUACGUACCAAAGCCACAAUAGAGCUCAAAGCUCUUCGACUGCUUAACUUCCAGAGACAGCUGCGUCAAGAGGUGGUGGUGUGUAUGCGUCGGGACACAGCUCUUGAGACCGCCCUUGACGCGAAGGCCUACAAGCGCAGCAAGCGCCAGUCUCUGCGAGAGGCCCGCAUCACAGAGAAACUGGAGAAACAGCAGAAGAUCGAGCAAGAGCGCAAACGCAGGCAGAAGCACCAGGAGUACCUCAACAGCAUCCUCCAGCACGCCAAAGACUUCAAAGAGUACCAUCGCUCAAUCACAGGCAAAAUGCAGAAACUGACCAAAGCUGUGGCCACCUACCAUGCCAACACUGAGCGAGAGCAAAAGAAGGAGAAUGAGCGGAUUGAGAAAGAGAGGAUGAGGAGGCUCAUGGCUGAGGAUGAGGAGGGAUACCGCAAACUGAUCGACCAGAAGAAGGACAAACGUCUGGCCUACCUGCUGCAGCAGACUGACGAGUACGUCGCCAACCUCACCGAGCUGGUCCGAGCUCACAAGGCGGCCCAGGCGCUCAAAGUAAAGAAGAAGAAGAAAAAGAAGAAGAUAGAGACCGCUGAGGGUCAGACUCCAGCAAUGGGCCCUGAUGGAGAGCCUCUGGAUGAGACGAGUCAGAUGAGCGACCUGCCUGUGAAGGUCAUCCAUGUGGAGAGUGGAAACAUCCUGACAGGUUUGGAUGCUCCUAGAGCCGGACAGCUGGAGACCUGGCUGGAGAUGAACCCAGGCUACGAGGUGGCUCCCCGCUCAGACAGUGAGGACAGUGAGGAGGAGGAAGAGGAGGAGGAGGAAGAGGAGGAGCGUCAGCCUGCAACAGCUCCGGUGGAGGAGAAGAAGAUCCCAGACCCCGACUGUGAAGAUGUGUCAGAAGUAGAUGUUCGCCACAUCAUUGAAAAUGCUAAGCAGGAUGUGGAUGAUGAAUACAUGGGUGCGGCCUUCGCUCGAAGUCUCCAGUCUUAUUACGCAGUGGCUCACGCUGUCACAGAGAAGGUGGACAAACAGUCAAGUUUGUUGAUAAAUGGACAACUCAAGCAGUAUCAGGUUAAAGGUCUGGAGUGGCUCGUUUCCCUCUACAACAACAACCUGAACGGGAUCCUGGCGGACGAGAUGGGUUUGGGAAAAACCAUCCAGACUAUCGCCCUCAUUACUUACCUCAUGGAGAUGAAGCGUCUAAAUGGACCUUACCUCAUCAUUGUACCCCUCUCAACUCUUUCUAACUGGGUGUAUGAGUUUGACAAAUGGGCCCCGACAGUCGUCAAAGUGUCCUACAAGGGGUCUCCUGCUGCCAGAAGAGCCUUCCUCCCCCAACUGCGUAGUGGAAAAUUUAACGUUUUACUCACCACCUACGAGUACAUCAUCAAGGAUAAACAAGUGCUGGCCAAGAUCCGUUGGAAGUACAUGAUCGUUGACGAGGGCCACCGUAUGAAGAACCAUCACUGUAAACUCACCCAGGUCCUGAACACUCACUACCUUGCCCCACGACGAGUCCUCCUCACAGGGACGCCGUUGCAAAACAAGCUCCCUGAGCUCUGGGCACUGCUCAACUUCCUGCUGCCCACCAUCUUCAAGAGCUGCAUCACCUUUGAGCAGUGGUUCAACGCUCCUUUCGCCAUGACUGGGGAGAAGGUGGACCUAAAUGAAGAGGAGACCAUCUUGAUCAUCCGUCGUCUCCACAAAGUGCUCCGCCCCUUCCUGUUACGCAGAUUAAAGAAGGAAGUGGAGGCACAGCUUCCAGAGAAGGUGGAGUAUGUGAUCAAGUGUGACAUGUCGUCUCUUCAGAGGGUGCUGUACAGACACAUGCAGGCCAAGGGGGUUCUUCUAACUGAUGGAUCCGAGAAAGACAAGAAGGGUAAAGGAGGCACUAAGACACUGAUGAACACCAUCAUGCAGCUGAGGAAGAUCUGUAACCACCCGUACAUGUUCCAGCAGAUCGAGGAAUCCUUCUCUGAACAUUUAGGAUUCUCUGGUGGAAUAGUCCAGGGACUUGACCUGUAUCGAGCAUCAGGAAAGUUCGAGGUGUUGGAUCGUAUCUUGCCCAAACUGAGGGUGACAAACCACAAAGUUCUGCUCUUCUGUCAGAUGACCACACUCAUGACCAUCAUGGAGGACUACUUCGCUUACCGCGGCUUCAAGUAUCUGCGUCUGGACGGCACCACAAAGGCUGAAGACAGAGGAAUGUUACUGAAGACGUUCAAUGAUCCAGAAUCGGACUACUUCAUCUUCCUGCUGAGCACAAGAGCUGGAGGUCUCGGCCUCAACCUGCAGUCUGCUGACACCGUGGUCAUCUUCGACUCGGACUGGAACCCACAUCAGGACCUGCAGGCUCAGGACAGAGCCCAUCGCAUCGGUCAACAAAAUGAGGUUCGUGUGUUGCGUCUCUGCACUAUCAACAGUGUGGAAGAGAAAAUCCUGGCCGCUGCCAAGUACAAAUUAAACGUGGACCAAAAGGUCAUCCAGGCCGGCAUGUUCGACCAGAAAUCCUCCAGCCACGAGCGCAGGGCCUUCCUACAAGCCAUCCUGGAGCACGAGGAGCAAGACGAGGUCUGGGGCCAGGAAGUGUGUCUACGCAUAAAUGAGGAGGAUGAGGUGCCCGAUGAUGAGACGGUCAACCAGAUGAUAGCCAGGAGCGAGGAGGAGUUUGAUCAGUUCAUGCGUAUGGACCUGGACCGGCGGCGGGAGGAUGCCCGUAACCCGCGGCGUAAGCCUCGUCUGAUGGAGGAGGACGAGCUGCCCACGUGGAUCAUGAAAGAUGAUGCCGAAGUCGAGCGGCUGACCUGCGAGGAGGAGGAGGAGAAAAUGUUUGGACGAGGCUCUCGGAUGCGUAAGGAGGUGGACUAUAGCGACUCACUGACCGAGAAGCAGUGGCUGAAGCAGGCGAUAGAGGACGGCUCGCUGGAUGAGGUCGAGGACGAUGUGCGUCACAAAAAGACGACCCGCAAGAGGAAGAGGGACCGAGACUUGGACCUCCCCGGUCCCUCGUCUUCCUCCGGGGGACGGGGACGAGGGGACAAAGACGAUGAUGGGAAGAGGCAGAGGAAGAGGGGACGACCACCUGCUGAGAAACUCUCCCCGAAUCCUCCUGCUCUCUCAAAGAAGAUGAGGAAGAUUGUGGACGCUGUCAUCAAAUAUAAAGACAGCGCCAGCGGGCGUCAGCUGAGCGAAGUGUUCAUCCAGCUGCCCUCUCGGAAAGAGCUGCCCGAGUACUACGAGCUGAUCCGCAAACCUGUGGACUUCAGGAAGAUCAAGGAGGGGAUUAGAGGUCAUCGCUACCGCAGUCUGAGUGACCUGGAGAGAGACGUCAUGCUGCUCUUCCAGAACGCUCAGACCUUCAACCUGGAGGGAUCACUGAUUUAUGAAGACUCCAUCGUUCUCCAGUCGGUCUUCACCAGUUUGAGGCAGAAGAUUGAGAAGGAGGAGGAGAGCGAGGGAGAGGAGAGUGAAGAAGAGGAGGAGGAUCAGGAUGAAGGAUCCGAGUCUGAAUCUCGCUCAGUGAAAGUGAAGAUCCGUCUGGGCAGGAAGGACAAAGGGGGAGAUCGAGGGAAUCGACGCAGCAGACGGACGGGACGCAGCAGAGCCAAACCUGUCGUCAGUGAUGACGACUCUGAGGACGAGCAGGAAGAGGAGCGCUCUCCCAGUGCCACUGAUGAAGAGUCCUGAGCUGCACUGCUACUUGGAGGAAAGGAGGGGCAAAAAGGGAUAUUCCACUAAUUCAACAAAAAUGUACAGUAAAUAAAAAAGACUCAACUCCAUUCACCCUCAGUCAAUAACUCAAAUAGAAGGUUUACAGUUCUACAGUAUCACAGGGAAACCAAACUAUCACCAUCAAAUACAAAUUCAUUAGACCAUUUAAUUCUUUGCUGAAGAAAGUCUGAACACUGAGGAAUCAAAUUAGUAUUUUCAGACAAAUGAGUUUGACGUCAGAACAAUAUCUGAGUUCAGUUGUUAAAGAACUUCACAACCUGCUAACAGUGUGAUGGUUUAACAUGUAUGAAGACAGCGGCUUCAAAAACGUUAUGAAUCCAGUAGUUAGUGAUGCCACGAUGAUAUAACAAUAUAUUGUGAUAACUAAAUAUUCAUGACAGCAGGAUGUACAUUUUUAAAAAGAUGUUAAUGAGCAUCGAUUAAGAUGUGUUAAAAGAGGUGACAUUUCAUCGAUUUAUAUACCAACCUCCAUUUAUGGGUCCAAACAGGAGGAGUUGUAGUUGUUGACAAAUACAUUAAACACUUUAUAUAUUAUAUACUAUUAUAUUUAUUAAAAUUUAGUAAAUGUUUAUAUACUGUUUAUAACGCUAGAUGUUACUAACAUGAGGGGUUGCUAGCCUAAACCAGCUUUAAGAACAAAGACCCUUUAAAUUCAAUUAAGCUGAACCAAAUUUCACACACUCAUAUUUAUAUGAACUAAUUUCAUUGCACAAACAGUAAAGUCCUUAGCUAACCUGAAAAGUUAGAACUGUAGGGAGCCAGUAAGUGAAAUAAACAGCAUUAAAUAUAAACACAAAAUAAAGCUGUUUCUAUCCACCUUACCUUACUUUACCUAUGGACACAAACAGACUUGAUGUUUCACCUCUGCUUCCCUGUGGCAGAUGUGUUGUAACAUCACUCAUUUGCGAGCAUGGCUCAGUGUUUGAGUUGGAAAUCAAACCCGCUGGGGGCACAGGGCGCGACUUCUCAGAAUCUCUUCAGCUACUUACCACAGUUAUUUGACUGAGGUUUAAUGGAGUUGAGUCCAGGUCGCUGUCCAGGGGUGAAUGUGUGGUACAGUAUAGAAAUAUAAAACUACCCCGUACUGCUGCUCCGGCCGCUCACCUGUCUCACUUCCGGUCUCAGCACUUCUUACUGUUGAUUGUAGACUUGUUGUAUCGACGAGAACUGUAACUUUAAAUGUUUCUUCUUCCAUUGUUGCGUAGUGAUUUAAGGAUUACAGAACUAUUUGUUGUACUUCGGCACUUUUUAGGUUUUAUGAUUUCAAGACAAAGGACCAGAGGGACAGUGGCUCUUCUCUGCUUGUGAAUGCCUGAUGGCCGCAUGGUGUUGGAUAUACUGUAUAGGGACAUAUAAUGUCCAUGCACGUGUGUACAGCUCGCAAGCUCAGUUCUGUACUUUUCUCAUCAUGCUAGGUCACUAGAGUGAAGAACAUACAACCAAAGCAUCAACAUUUCCACCACUAAAUUAUUCAUUUCUGUCUGUUGUGUUGUAUCAUUACUACUGGAACUUGAAAAGAAACAAUAAACCACAGUAAAAGUGAA